CGUGCGCGGCAGCCGCUGGGAGCCACCAGGCGGCGGAGAGGACAGUGGCAGGAAGGGAGGGGCCCGAGCCACCGACUGCAGGAGGAGAAGGGGUUGUGCUCCUGGCCGAGGAAGGAGAAAGGGGCGGGGCCGGCGGGCAGCGCGCGGCGGUGCGGAGCCCCUGAGACCGGCGGGCACACGGGGGUCUGUGGCCCUCGCCGUCGCAGUGGCCGCCGCCGUCGCUUGGUUCCCAUCGGUCUGCGGGAGGCGGGUUAUGGCGGCGGCGGCAGUGAGAGCUGUGAAUGAAUUCUCCGGGUGGACGAGGGAAGAAGAAAGGCUCCGGCGGCGCCAGCAACCCGGUGCCUCCCAGGCCUCCGCCCCCUUGCCUGGCCUCCGCCCCUCCCGCCGCCGGGCCGGCCCCUCCGCCGGAGUCGCCGCAUAAGCGGAACCUGUACUAUUUCUCCUACCCGCUGUUUGUAGGCUUCGCGCUGCUGCGUUUGGUCGCCUUCCACCUGGGGCUCCUCUUCGUGUGGCUCUGCCAGCGCUUCUCCCGCGCCCUCAUGGCAGCCAAGAGGAGCUCCGGGGCCGCGCCAGCACCGGCCUCGGCCCCGGCGCCGGUGCCGGGCGGCGAGGCCGAGCGCGUCCGAGUCUUCCACAAACAGGCCUUCGAGUACAUCUCCAUUGCCUUGCGCAUCGAUGAGGAUGAGAAAGCAGGACAGAAGGAGCAAGCUGUGGGAUGGUAUAAGAAAGGUAUUGAAGAACUGGAAAAAGGAAUAGCUGUUAUAGUUACAGGACAAGGUGAACAGUGUGAAAGAGCUAGACGCCUUCAAGCUAAAAUGAUGACUAAUUUGGUUAUGGCCAAGGACCGCUUACAACUUCUAGAGAAGAUGCAACCAGUUUUGCCAUUUUCCAAGUCACAAACGGACGUCUAUAAUGACAGUACUAACGUGGCAUGCCGCAAUGGACAUCUCCAGUCAGAAAGUGGAGCUGUUCCAAAAAGAAAAGACCCCUUAACACACACUAGUAAUUCACUGCCUCGUUCAAAAACAAUUAUGAAAACUGGAUCUGCAGGCCUUUCAGGCCAUCAUAGAGCACCUAGUUACAGUGGUUUAUCCAUGGUUUCUGGAGUGAAACAGGGACCUGGUCCUGCUCCUACCACUCAUAAGGGCUCCACUAAGAAAUCAAGGCCUCAAGAGAAAACCGACCCCACAACGGCUGCUCGGUAGAAAAAAGACUGGAAGAAUUGGAGGAAGAGCGCAGAAGCGCAACUAACUGAGGUCUUGUUUCUUAGUGGAACAGCUGUUAAAUUUGAUGAUAUAGCUGGUCAAGACUUGGCAAAACAGGCAUUGCAAGAAAUUGUUAUUCUUCCUUCUCUGAGGCCUGAGUUGUUCACAGGGCUUAGAGCUCCUGCCAGAGGACUGUUACUCUUUGGUCCACCUGGGAAUGGGAAGACAAUGCUGGCUAAAGCAGUAGCUGCAGAAUCGAAUGCAACCUUCUUUAAUAUAAGUGCUGCAAGUUUAACUUCAAAAUAUGUGGGAGAAGGAGAGAAAUUGGUGAGGGCUCUUUUUGCUGUGGCUCGAGAACUUCAGCCUUCUAUAAUUUUUAUAGAUGAAGUUGAUAGCCUUUUGUGUGAAAGAAGAGAAGGGGAGCACGAUGCUAGUAGACGCCUAAAAACUGAAUUUCUAAUAGAAUUUGAUGGUGUACAGUCUGCUGGAGAUGACAGAGUACUUGUAAUGGGUGCAACUAAUAGGCCACAAGAGCUUGACGAGGCUGUUCUCAGGCGUUUCAUCAAACGGGUAUAUGUGUCUUUACCAAAUGAGGAGACAAGACUACUUUUGCUUAAAAAUCUGUUAUGUAAACAAGGAAGUCCAUUGACCCAAAAAGAACUAGCACAACUUGCUAGAAUGACUGAUGGAUACUCAGGAAGUGACCUAACAGCUUUGGCAAAAGAUGCAGCACUGGGUCCUAUCCGAGAACUAAAACCAGAACAGGUGAAGAAUAUGUCUGCCAGUGAGAUGAGAAAUAUUCGAUUAUCUGACUUCACUGAAUCCUUGAAAAAAAUAAAACGCAGCGUCAGCCCUCAAACUUUAGAAGCGUACAUUCGUUGGAACAAGGACUUCGGAGAUACCACCGUUUAAGGAAAUACCUUUGUAAACCUGCAGAACAUUUUACUUUACAAAAGAGGAAACACAAGAUCUUCAAUGAACAGUCAUCAGCUACAGAAACAGCCUAAGUUUACAGGACUUUUUAGAGUCUUACAUAUUUGUGCACCAAACUUGAAGAUGAACCAGAAAACAAACUUAAACAAAAUAUACAAUGCAAAUGGAAUUUUUUGUUGUUUAAGGCCUUGCCUUGAUGGUCACAGUUAUCCCAGUGGACACUGUAAGAGCACAACAAAAACUGAUUCUGGUCUUCUUUACCAAUAUAAUCAUCAUGUAAAUAAUAAUUUGUAUAUUGUGUUGCAGAUGAAAGUAUUCCAGAGACAGUGAAUGGUAGAAGACACAAGAACAUGUGGUUGGUUGUCUUCUGAUGUUUUUUCUUAAAAUAGUAAUUUCUCUUACUUUUCUUUCCUACUGUUGUCUUAACUACAGGUGAUUGGAAUGCCAAACACUCUUUAUUUUCUUUUUUCUUUUUUCUUUUUAUAAAUUCAGUGUGCCAAAUUAAACCUUUUUCUUAAGUAACUGUAAUAGCAAAAAGUUUAUUUUGAGAGUUUCUUCUUCAUAAAUCUACAGACGUUAAACAAUUGUUGUGUUCUUUUUACCUUUUAUUUUUCUAUUACCUUGCUACCAAACAGUUUAGAUAGCAAUAUAAUAGCAACAAAGCAAAUCUGGUAGAACAGAGAAGGUUUGAAGGUUUGAGUUACUCUGUCAUAUAACAUGUAGAUCAGUCCUCAUGUGACCUGCAGUAUUUUUUUUUCCUAAUGUAUUUGUCAGAAAUCUAUUGUAGACUGUUAACUUCUUCCUAAUGGAAUUUAUUUUCUGCAAGAAUUAUUCUGAUAUUUAAGAGAGCCAAUUUUAACUGCUGUGAAAAUGUUUCCAGUGCAAGAGAAGGGAAAUACUAGGAACUUAUAAGACAUUUCUAAUUUAUUGCUUAUUACUUUCUUAAUGUUUACAGGAUAAUUAUAAGCAAGUGGAACUACCAUCUUUUAUUCUUAAUAAUAAAAAUCCCUUCAAUGAAACUUUAAAAAAACUGAAUUUUUAUACAUGGCAUACAUUUUUCUAGGUUCCUUCUGCUUGCUUUAUUAACUCAAAAGUUCUAGUUCUAGUCUGUUGAUCUGCCUUUUGUUCUCCCAAAAUGUACAGUAAUUCUGUUUCUUGUUUGUAUAAAUAUGCCUGGAUUUUCAUUAUAAAAAUGUCAUUGUAGGGAGUAGAGACUCAUAUCAUGGCCUUUUAAAUAUUGUAAUAAAGGCAAAUAGAUAUUUGCCCUUAGUUUACUGGUUAAAAGUUUGUUUACAGAACUUUUCUCUGGUGCUUAAAUGAUGCUAUGUAAAAUGUCAUGGGUGGAAAGAAUAUUUGUAAUAGUAACAAAAAUUUUUCAUUUAGGAAAGAUUUCUUAGGUUUUGAAAUAAUACGUUAAGAUAAAAAACUUGCCCCUACUAGGUAAGAACUUUAUAAUGAAGACAUAUAUUCUUAAAUUUACUCUUGCUCUUGUUAAAGAUUUGUUUGAAUAUAGAAGAUGCAUGAAUCUGGUUUUUCUUUUUUGAGACGGAGUUUUGCUCUUGUUGCCCAGGCUGGAGGGUAAUGGCGCAAUCUCAACUAACUGCAACCUCCGCCUUCCGGGUUCAAGCAAUUCUCCUGCCUCAGCCUCCCGAGUAGCUGGAAUUACAGGCAUGUGCCACCACCCCAGCUAAUUUUGUAUUUUUAGUAGAGACGGGGUUUCUCCAUGUUGGUCAGGCUGGUCUUGCACUCCUGACCUCAGGUGAUCCGCCCACCUUGGCCUCCCAAAGUGCUGGGAUUACAGGCAUGAGCCACCAUGCCCGGCCAGAAGAGGCAUGAUUUUUUAGGAUCAUAUGCUGUUCGUAGCCAUAAAGUAAAUCAUGUCUCUUCUAAUCAUGAUUUUGGAACUCCCUGAAUAAUAAAAAUGAGAGCUGAGAUAAAUAGGGGAAAAAAAAUUUGUUUUAAGCCAGAGCUAUGCGUAUUUUAGGUGAUGCAUAGUAUCCUCUUAAGAUCUCAAACAUUACAACAUCAAUUACAAAAUAUUGAUAAUGAAAGGUAGUAAUGAAAUAUAUGUGAUUAAAAGAAUUGAGAAGUUCUAAAUUAAGACAUUUCAGUUAAGCUCAUAAAAUUUCAUUGUUUUCAUUUAAAAGGGGAUUAACGUUAUUGAUACUUGGAUAACUGGCAAAUCAUAUUAAAGGACUAUGUGGUUCCAGCUCAACUUUUAAUAUAUUAUCUCCUUUAAAAUUAUCAUGAUUAUAAUUCUAUUGGGAAAGACUUUUAGGUAACAAAGAUUUCAAAUGUUAAAAGAGAUAAAAGUCUUAAACAUUGAGUCAGAAAAUCAUUGCUGUAUAGAAAUUGCUUUCCUGAUCAAGUCUGAACUUCAGCUAGUGCUAGAGAAUUAUUUUCUAUGACUUAACUCUAACCAAGUUUUAUUUUAAGCUGUUUCUUUGAUAGAAGGGCCAUGAAAACAGAGUAAUGAUAUAGUAGGAGAUAAGGGAUUGGUGUGGUCUUUUUUCAAUAAAGAUAGAAGUUGUUGAAGUUUUCUGAAUUAAUAAUGACUUAGAUUGUGACCUUUUAGAUUGGGUGUUGAGCUCUGUGUUAUAUUACUUCCUAAAAGAUAAUGCUUAAACAUUAAGCAUUGGUGUGCUCUUCAUGUUAAUAUGGCAGAGUUUUGUAAACUAAAUUAAAACUUACUGAUAUAUUGGACUUUGAGCCAAGGGAAGAAUGAGUACUAUCUUUCCAGGUAUCUUAAGGGUAAAAGCUUAUUCUAAGACAGUCUGUCCACUGAGAAUAUUAGAUUUCUGACUUGCAAAUAUGUUUGUACUCCAGAAGAAUUAGAGGAAAAGCAGAUACUAGAAUUCUAAUUUAAGUACAUACACAGCAGUCUUUGUUUAUAGUGUAGAAUUCUUUAUAUUUUGUACAAAAACUAAUUCUUUUGGUAAAAAUGAAUCAUUUACAGUUCGGUUUUGGACUCUGAGUCAAAGGAUUUUCCUUUAAAUGCUUGUCUCAAUUUUAGUCUGGUCUUUUGUACUUUUCUUCAGAAGAAAUGAAUUAAAGGGUACAGUUGCAUAAAGUGGGUUUUUAUCCUAAUGUAUUGGAAAUAAAUGAUAAACUUUA